AUUCGAAAUUCGAAGUAAUAGUUACAACGUUCUUCUAAUUGUAAUCGUAUCUGCAUGUAAUCAUUAGGAUUGAGAAUGAAGGCAAAUUAAGUUUUGUCUCCUAAGCGGUUUAGUAGUAUUUUGAAAUUUUUAUACCUUAAAAAAGCACCGUAAACCCCGCAGGUCUUUUAGUUUAUAAUGUAUAUUUUUGCCUUCCGUGUAAAUGUUUAUUGGUAAAAUGUGUGAAACUAGUUAUACUCUUCACACAGUAGUCUGUUAAGAGUAUUAUUUUUAUUGUUAAUUAUAAGCAAAUAAACUACCUAAUAGUUUUUCUGUAGGUACAAUAAGUAUUUAAAAUUUUCUUUUAGAAUAUCCAGCCACAAGCUUACUAUUGAAUGUGCAAGGCCCGAAAAAUGCAAUCACUUGACAGGGCAUAUAAUAGUUGGUUAAGAAUUUGUGUUGGAAUGGUCAAUGAUGCUCUAAGUUGAUCAUGCCAAAAAAUGUUCAGUUGGAAAACUACAAAUAAUUGGAGAAGAAAGGUCUGGAUUAGGCCUGACGAGUUUAAUUAUAUUCCAGUGCAACUUUCGCAAUGAGAAAAUUUCAAAAUCGACAGAAAGUCCUGUUAACGACAAUUGCCCUCAUUUGUCAUUGAACAUGGGAGCAGUUUGGAGAACUCUCUCUACUGGAGGAACAUAUUCCCAUAUGUCAGUAUUUUUGGCUUGUCUAGACAUACCUAGAAUGUCAUUAAGAACAUUUCAUUGCAUAGAAUUAUUCCUAGCUAAUAAAUGGAAUGAUGAAUUAUGGCAAACUAUAGAAAAAGCUGGCAAAGAAGAAUUAAAAUUGGCUAAGGAAAAAAGAAAAAUUUAUAAAGAUGGAGUGGCAGGGACGAUAUCCUACGCAGAUUGUGGAUGGAGCCAGAGAUCUUAUGGUCAUAACUAUAAUGCUGCGUCUGGUUUGGCAAGUUAUUCAAUUUUGAACCAAUUUAAUGCCAUUUUAUAUUUUUAGGACGUCAUAAUUGACUUCAAAGAUUUUGUAUAUAGGUGUGAGAAAUAAAUAUUAUAUUGUAUGCUCCAGAGCUAUGAAUAAACAAGAAAAUCCCACGCAACAUAUUUGUUUUAAAAAUUGGGAUAAGUCUUCAGCUGCAAUGGAAACAGACAUUAUUAUUGAAGGAUUUAUUCACAGUGUUAAAAUGCGUAAGAUAAAAUAUAAAAAACUUAUUGCAGAUGCUAGUGUAUACUCCAAUAUUAUGUUAAAAGUGCAGGCAGUAUGGUAUGGAGGUAAAAAAAAUUGAAUGUGUUAACCAUGCUAUAAAAAAUUAUGGCAAAGCAUUAUACAAAUUGCAGAAAGAAACAAAAUUGGAAUCUAACGGCAGAAAAUUGUUGACUGUAUCAAAGAUAAAAGAGUUAUAAAAUAUAUCUAAAAGAAUAUUGUACGAAAAUAUGUAUGAAAAAGUGGAAGUUUUAAAGUCAGAAUUUGAAAAAGGACCAAAUCACGUUUUUGGCGAUCAUAACAAAUGCUCAAAAAGCUAUUGUAAAAGUGUUGGAAAUGUAACAAAAAGUUUAAUUUCAACCUUAGAAAGCACUGGAAGUUACUAUCACAUUAAAUCUGCAUUAGACCGUUUAGUAAAGAUGUCUGGAGGUUUGAAAGCCAAUGAAACCAAUAAUAAAGCAGAAAUGUUUAUGUCCCGUGUAAAUUUAAUGUUGGCAAAAGAUUAAAUUUAACGCAGAGGGGUUCUUUUGAAAUGAGGGCAUAUCUAGCAGCUCAGAUACAAUUUGGGAGUAGCUUGGAAAGAAAACAUCUGGGAAAACGUAACUGAAUCAACCCCAGGAGAAAACUUUAAAAAAUAUAUGGAAACUGUGAAACGUAACUAUGCAACACAUUGCAGACUAAGAGAAACAGUUUCUAGACCUAAAAGAAAGAGGAUUGUACUAGACAAUAAUAAAAAGGACUACGGAAAAAAUGUACCUACUCCAACUUUAUGCGACAGUGAAUGUACGUAUAAAAGCUUUAAGAAUAUUGGAGAGGAUGCAGGUUACAAAUGAAGAAAUUCUUAAAAUUGAAGUGAGUACUAAGGGCCAAUGGGAAAAUCCCCAUUAUAGAAGUCAACAGGUUAACAGCUUCUCUAUUUGGAGAGGUUUUGAAGAAAAGGGAGACAACUCACUGUCACAACUUGGUAAAAAAAAAGUGUAUGAAACAAAUUUUUCAUCAGAAGCAAUGGUGUAUGGUAGAGCAAAUGAGUCUGUUGCUUUGCAAACGUUUCAAAAGCAGAGGUCUUCAGCCAGAAUAUCUAUCACCUUCUGGGCUUUACAUUGAUGAAAAGUAUGGCUUUCUUGCAGCUUCUCCUGACGCACUUUUAGGAGAUAAUGCACUAAUUGAAGUGAAAUGCCUACAUAGUAUAAAAAAAUUAAAAAAAAAAUCUACUUAAAGCAGUGAAAGAGAGGAAAAUAUGUUUGUAGCUGAGACAUCAUCAAUUAUCUUUGAAACGAGCUCAUAAUUACUAUUAUCAAGUUUAGGGCCAGAUUAAUAUUGCCCAAAAAGAUAUGCGUUAUUUUAUUGUCUAUAUUAAUGAUGAACAACCAUUACCUGUGCAAGUCAUUUUAAAAGAUCAGGAAUUCUGGAAUGAAAAUGUCCAAAAAUCAAAAGAAUUUUACGAACAGUGUAUGCUUCCAAAAAUAAUAUGCAAAAAUGUACCGAAAGGUCUUAAAGCCAAAGAACCAAAUAUAAAAAGAAAUAUGUAAUUAAAAAGUGUUUUAUUAUCUUAUUUACCCACACUACUUUAUUUAGAUUAACAUAAGUCUACGUAAGUUGGCGGCAUAUGGAAAAAUUUUAAUUAUUAAUUUAAGGAAAAAAG